GCUUGUGCGGGAGGCGGCGCCGAGUGUCCCUCCCGGUGCAGCCGCGUCCGCUCCGCGCCAGCCCGCAGAGCCGCCCGCCGCCGCAGCUGUAUGGUCCAUCCCCGCUCCGCCGCCGAACCCCCUCCGGCAGCUCCGCGGCCUCCAGCGCCUCCGCGUCCUCCUGGUUCUGCUCCUCCUGCCCCCGGCGGUGGCGCCCGCACCCCGGCUGUAUGAUCAGGCUACAGUCUUCAAUGAGUAACCAUAUUCCUCAGUUCUGUGGUGUUCUUGGUCACACAUUUAUGGAGUUUCUGAAGGGCAGUGGAGACUACUGCCAGGCACAGCACGACCUCUAUGCAGACAAGUGAACUGUAGAAAUUCAUUACUACUCCACCAAGAAGCCCCCCUAAGA